AUGGGACGCCGUGAGAGACAACCUUCGCCCCCCCCUCCUCCCCCUAUGGGAGCCCCGCCAUCCGACUCCACUUACGUCUUCGACAAUUACGAGAACGGCAAGCCAAAAUGGGCGCCUGGCAAGGACCACCAGCGCGAUUAUCAUGAGUACCGCGAUAGCCGCCGAGGAGAUCAUCGCCGCCCUCGCAGAAACAGGUAUGACGAAGAUGAGGGGCCUCCGCCUCCACCGCCACAAGCACAGGGUGCAUAUCCUCCACCCCCGCCGCCAGGACAAGGAGCACCACCACCACCCAGAGGUAAUUGGCCAAAUUCACCUGUCCAUCCUGACGUACCAACUAACGAUAUUGUAGAAGCACCUCGAGACUCUCGACCCCGCCAUCACCGCAGACAGCCCUCAUACUCCUCCGACUCCGACUCAGGCGGUCCACCCCCACCUCGCCGCAGCCACCGCCGCGAAGAGCGCCCCCGCCACGCCCGCGAGGACACCUACGACUCAUACGACGAAAACUACCCUCGCCGUCGCCACCGCGAAUCCGGCCGCGACCGCGACGGCUACAAAUCCGAAGGCUACAAGUCAGAAGGCUACAAAUCCGACCGCCGGCCACGCGACCGCGACCCCUACUACGACGACCGCGACCGCGACCGUCGCGAGAAAUCUCGCAGCGAUAGGGAUCGUAGACACCGCGAUGACCGCCACGGCGACCACCGCUAUGACGACAUGUUUAACAGCCGCCCUGCGCGCCGUGACACCCGCUAUGACGAUAGGCCAUCGCGCGAUAGACGCGGGUACUAUGAUGACUAUGAAGACCGCUAUGGCGAUCGCAGGAGGAGUACGAGGGAUAGUAAGGCGAAGCCGGAGUGGCAGAAGCAGGCGCUGGGUAUGUUUAAGGAUUAUGCGCUGCCGAUUAUUAAGAAGGAGGGGGCCAGGUAUGUGCAGAAGCAGAUGGCUAAUGGGUUUGGGAAGCGUUGA